UGGCUAUUUAAACUGCCAAGCUAUUCCUGUAUCUCUGCUAUUUCCCAAUAGCACAGAUUUUUUCUCUCUACUUUAAGAUCAUAUUAAAUUUCUUUGUGGAAGUUACAAAUUAACCUGCUUCCAGUAUGUGAAAUGAUAACUAUUUGCUGUGUAAAAAAUAAAAUAAUACAAAACCUGUCUCUUAUUCUGUGUAGGAAGGAACUGCAGAUGCUGGUUUAAACUGAAGAUAGACACAAAAAGCUGGAGUAACUUGUUCGUUUAAAUAUGCGAGUCUUCUCUCAACAUGCUGAGCAGGUUUUAUCAAAACCUCCAAUAUAAGUGAAUUCUCAAGUGAUAAAUUGGAUGUUUGAAAUAUAAAUGACCUUCGAAUGUUGAUUAAUUGAUACAUCAAUAAUGCAACAGUAUGUGGGUCUGUGAAUUUCAAAGACGACAAAUUACAAUAAAAAAAAACACAAGCAUAGCAGAUAUUAGGACAGGUGCCCAAAUGUUUGGGUGAACAGAUAGGAUUUAAGAAAUGUAAUCAUUAGUUUCUGAUCUAAUGGUGUAGGAAGGAACUGCAGAUGCUGGUUUACACCGAAGAUCGACACAAAAUGCUGGAGUAACUCAGCGGGUCAGACCGCAUCGCUGGAUAGAGGGAAUGGACGAUGUGUCGGGUCAAGACACUUCUUAAGUCUGAAGAAGGGUCUCAACCCGUAACAUCACCCAUUCCUUCUAUCCAGAGAUGCUGCCUGUCCCACUGAUUUACUCCAGCAUUCAGUGUCUAUCUUCUGAUCUAAUGGCCUUGGCAGCUAGUGGCUUGAUUAAAAAAAACUGAAAGCGCAGAGAUCUAUGGGUUGGAAAGGUUGCAAAGCUCGAGGCAUGAAGAACAAGGGCAAAGAGGUGUUUGAAAAGAAGAAUAAGGAGUUUAAUAUCGGGGAUCAGGACCUAGUGUGAGGCAGGAAUCACAGGGAUGAUAAAUGAAUAGUUCUUGGCACAAUUUGGAUUUCAAGCUGCAGUUUUGGAUUUGCUAAUGAUGAGCAUGGGAAUAGUUAAGUCUGGCAGUGACGACAUAUGAGUUGAGCUGGGGAAGAACGAUGUUAACAAUGUGGUUGAAGGCAGUCUCAAUGACAAAAUGUUUUUGGAAACUUAGCAUAGGAUCAAAGUACAUAACAAGGCCACAGAUUUACCCUCAGCGAUCAAGAAGAGAGAUAGCAUGGUGAGCAAGGAAUAUAUUUACGGCAGGAAUCAAUAUAUAAUUUGAUGAAAUAUCUGCUCAAGGCUGGAUGGCUGACAAGUAAUGAAACAAAGUGGAGGGAGUGAAACACAACUACAUCCGUAGUUUUCUCUUCUUCCUUGAAACUUCUUUCAAACAAAAAAUGUAAGCAAGACCUGAUCCUCUAUCCUUCCUCUCAAAACAUGCAAUCAGAGUUGAUGUUCAGGUGGAAUAUGAAUCAGAUUCCCCACCCAUGGUUAGAGACUCCAGACCCAUCACCAUAGGAGGGGGUUUAUUUUAUAUCCAUCUGCACAAGCAGCUGUUUGUGUCAGUUUCCACUCGGGAUCGACUUUCAGAUUCUCUGUGCCCUUCAAAGAAUAGCCAAAUGCCAUUCAGCGGCAGUUAAAUUCAGAACUGCUCGCUUUCAAAAUGAGGAACAUUCAUCUUGUUUAUCUUCUUAUUUCCUGCCUGUUUUAUACGGAAUGUUCUGGAGUAAAUGACGAAGAGAGGCUGAUUUACGACCUUUUGGUGGCCAGCAAAUACAACAAGCAUGUACGACCCGUCCAGCAUAAGGAUGAAGUGGUGAACAUUAGCCUGGGUUUAACCCUCUCCAACCUUGUCUCACUAAAAGAAAGUGAUGAGACUCUUACUUCAAACGUAUGGAUUGAUCACGCAUGGCAAGAUAGUCGGCUGACGUGGAAUGAAUCAGAAUACAGUGGAAUUUCCAUCCUUCGACUGCCCCCUGGAUUAAUAUGGAUUCCAGACAUAGUCCUGGAAAACAACAACGAUGGGCAGUACAACGCGGCCUUUUUCUGCAAUGUGCUGGUCACUCCGGAAGGAUAUGUUACUUGGCUUCCCCCUGCAAUAUUCAGAAGUUCUUGUGCCAUCAAUGUCCUUUAUUUUCCAUUUGACUGGCAGAACUGCUCCUUGAAAUUCACCUCUUUGAAUUACAAUGCAGAGGAAAUAAAUUUGGAGCUAGCAAGAGAAGUUGUAAAUGGCAAAGAAUAUCCAAUUGAAUGGAUUAUUAUUGAUCCUGAAGCUUUCACAGGGAAUGGUGAAUGGGAAAUUGUUCACAAACCUGCAAAAAAGAACAUCCAUAGAAAUUUUCAUCGUAACAGCACCAAAUACCAGGAUGUCACUUUCUACCUCAUAAUAAGACGCAAGCCAUUAUUUUAUGUUAUCAACAUUAUUACUCCCUGCGUCCUCAUUUCCUUCCUGGCAUCAAUGGCUUUUUAUCUUCCUGCAGACAGUGGUGAGAAGAUGACCUUGUCUAUAUCUGUCUUGCUUGCUCAGUCUGUAUUCCUGCUGCUGAUUUCACAAAGAUUACCAGAGACGGCUCUAGCUAUUCCACUAAUUGGCAAGUACUUGAUGUUCAUAAUGAGUCUGGUCACCAUUGUGGUCGUGAAUUGUGUCAUUGUGUUAAAUUUUCACUUCCGAACUCCAAGCACGCAUGUUCUCCCAAACUGGAUUAAAUGGCUCUUUUUGGAGAAACUGCCACGGAUUCUCCACAUGUCCCGUGCGGUUGACAACGAGCCAGUAGCAUGGCAGAACAAUCUGAUGCUGCGUCGCUCCAGCUCUAUUGGAUACAUUUGCAAAGCACAGGAAUAUUUUACCAUCAAAUCCCGAAGUGAACUUAUGUUUGAGAAACAAUCUGAACGUCAUGGAUUGACACCCCGAGCCACUCCAACUAUGGCAGGGUUUGGAAGAAGUGGCAAUGAUAACAAGGAUAUUUCGGACCAACUACAUGCAGACAUCAAGUCGGGGAUUGACGGGACAAAUUACAUUGUGAAACACAUAAAAGAAAAGAAUGCCUAUGAUGAGGAAGUUGAGAGCUGGCAUCUUGUGGCCCAGACUGUGGACAGGCUGUGUAUGUUCAUCAUAACUCCAGUGAUGAUCUUUGGAACCAUCUUCAUUUUUAUGAUGGGAAACCUCAAUCACCCUCCACCAUUGCCAUUUGAAGGCGAUUCCUUUGAAUAUUCAACACAUCGCACACAAUGUAUGUAACCUUCGGGAAAUUGCAAAUUACCCUGGGAGAAUCAUUGGACACACUUGCAUACUCACACACUUCAUUACACAAAAACGACGCAAACAAGAGGAACUAAAAAUGUGAUAUGGACACGCAAGGAGAUUUGAAAUAAUCUUUGGGCACAUAUGUCCCAACAACUACAAACUGCUAAGAAUAGAUUUUCAUAAAGGGAAAGUUAGAAAAUACUUGUGCCUUCAAAUCUUUAAAUUAUUUACUUAUUUUUAGACCAGCUACAUCAUUAAUGAUUUUCAAUCUUAGAUGUUUGUAAUUGUUUGGACAUAUGUGGCAGCAUUGUGGCUUGAGCUGUAUAAGGAGAAUAUGAAAUGAUAGAUCCAAAAGUAAAACCAAUGCACUUUACCCACAAGAUGCACAAGC